CAAUCAAAGAAACUGGUAAGAUAGAGAGAGUUCUGUCAUUCUGUGACACUUAUGUGAUUCUGAACUUAAAACCCAAAACCCACCAUUCAUAAUGAGUUCAUUGUCCGUUCAAGGUGGAAUUUCAGUAAAAGAAGUUCAGAAUUUCAGUUUAUUGAGACAAGAUUUUUUUGUUUCUGAAUUACUUAAUAUUUCAUUCAACAGAAUCAUAACAACAAGAAGAAGAAGUAAUGGGGUGCUAUUGAUUAAUAGAGCUUCAAAGGCUAGACAAUUGAGUGUGUUAGCUAAAGCAGGGAAGACAAAACAUGAAUAUCCAUGGCCAGAUAAUUUUGACCCAGAUAUCAAGAACACUUUACCUUAUCUUUCUCAUUUCAAAAAACUUUCUGAAAAACCUAAACAAGUUACACUUGGUUUUGAGAAACCUCUUGUUGAUCUUGACCAACAGAUAAAUGAGGUUCGCAAGAUGGCUGAUGAAACUGGUUUAGAUUUCAGUGACCAAAUUAGUUUGUUGGAGAAAAAGUAUCAGCAGGCUCUGAAAGAACUAUACAAACAUCUUACUCCUAUUCAACGGCUUAGUAUAGCUCGGCAUCCUAACAGACCAACAGUUCUUGACCACGUACUUAACAUCACAGACAAGUGGGUGGAGCUCCAUGGAGAUCGUGCAGGCUAUGAUGACCCAGCCAUUGUUACUGGGAUUGGAAGCAUGGAUGGUAAAAGCUACAUGUUCAUAGGACAUCAGAAAGGUCGAAACACGAAGGAGAACAUAUCCCGAAACUUUGGAAUGCCAACCCCACAUGGCUAUCGAAAGGCUCUUCGCAUGAUGAAAUAUGCUGAUCACCAUGGGCUUCCCAUCAUUACGUUCAUUGACACACCAGGGGCAUUCGCUGACCUCAAAUCUGAAGAACUUGGUCAGGGAGAAGCAAUAGCUUAUAAUCUAAGGGCUAUGUUUGGAUUUAAAGUUCCAAUAAUUGCAGUUGUAACGGGUGAAGGUGGUUCUGGUGGUGCACUUGCCAUUGGCUGUGCCAAUAAGCUGUUCAUGCUUGAAAAUUCUGCUUUUUACUGUGCUAGUCCUGAAGCAUGUGCUGCAAUUUUGUGGAAAUCUUCCCAAGCAGCUCCAAAGGCAGCAGAGAAACUAAGAAUAACGGCUGAAGAACAUGUCAGGCUCGGGAUUGCUGAUGGUAUCAUUCCUGAACCUCUCGGUGGUGCUCACACGGAUCCUGAAUGGACUUCUCAGCAGAUUAAGCUUACUAUUAAGCAAACUAUGGAGGAAUUAGGAAGGAUGGACACAGAAGAGUUGCUCCACCACAGGAUGAUGAAAUUUCGAAAAAUCGGAGGAAUCCAGGAAGGUGGCAUAGUAGAGCCAGAGAGGAAGCGCAACAUGAAACCAUCUGACAGGGACAAUUCAUCAAUGUAUUCUGGUAUCGAAUCUGAGAUAGAGAAUCUCAAGAAGAAGAUCCUGGAAACAAAAGGAUCGUCAGAUGCAAUGACAAUCGAGGCAAUUGAGAAACUCAAGAAAGAUGUAGACCAGGAAAUGACCAAUGCUUUUAUCUCCAUGGGUUUGCAAGAGAAGCUCCUGAAUCUUAAGAUGGAGUUGUCGAAAGAAUCAGAUAAUGCAACUAACCAGCCACUAAACAGUGCGUUAAAGGAGAAGGUGGAGAAGCUAAUGCGAGAAUUUAACCAUAAUUUGGCACAGCCUGGAGCUUAUCCUGAAUUGAAACAGAAGCUCAAAAAGCUAAACACGGUUAAUAAUCUUGUUAAGAAAAAGGAAAAGGGUGAACAAUUGAAGAAAGAUAUCAACCAAAAAGCUGAAGUGAAUGCAAUAAUGGAGACAUUGAAAAAUGCAAAGCAAAGAAUAGAAAAAGGAGAAGCUGUAGACAAGAAUCUGUCAGAUGAAGUUGAGAGAGCAAAGGAAGAACUGAAGAAUGUACUGAAGUCAGCUAAUUUGGAAAUUAUCGGUAUGGGUAUGAGAAAGAGACCGAGUAUGGAUCCAAAUUCAGAAGAGAAAGUACUAAUGGAAGUUAACAAAGGGAUUGGGGAAGCGAUUGUGAAGGCAGCUAAUGUUGCAGGCUUGCGGGACAAAAUAGAGGAGCUCAAGAAAGAGAUUGCAAAGAACCCGAGUUCAGCAAGAGUAAAAGAGUUAGAAACAGAAAUCAAAGAAGGAAUUGCUUCUUCUAUGGAUGUAAGUACAUUGAAGGAGAAAGUCGAGAAUCUUAGAGUUGAAGCAAUAAAAAAGAUGGAGAAAGGAGCAGAAAAUGGUAGAAGCUGAGAAGAAAACCGGGGUAAAAACUGCGAUUCCUUCAUCAACUUAUUCUCAGAGCCGUCUUAUGGGCUAGGCCAGCUGGGCUGUUGUUUAGAGCCUCAAAUUGUUAGGGCCCCAAAAUAAUGUUUCUUACAGUUUUGUUUUUGUCUGUUUUUUUUUUUUUUUUUUUACCAUAUAUUUUAGUGCUCCGACAUAGUGUGGACGAUUGUUCUUGUUGAUAAGUCAUGAUGUUAUUGAAAGCGGUUUGUUUUGUCACCACUCCAUACAACUUCCCAAUUCCGUUUAGCCAGUAUUUUAUCUUCUAUAAACUUUU